AUCCCCCUGCGUCCUCUACCACCGUACCCACGUGUUUGGACGGGUCGCCUGCCAUGGAGCUGCCCGGGGCGCUGCCCAGCGCGGGCUGCUUGGCGCUCGCGGCGUUGCUGCGAGUGCAGCACGGGGCUCUACCUGCGGCAGGCAAGGUGCUGCUGGCGGCGGCGCCCUUUUUUCUGCUGCGGCUUCGGCGGGCUUUGCAGCGAAUCGCCGCGGCCAAGGGCAAGCACCCGGGCACGGCCGAGCAGCGGGCCCUAUGUUUCAACCCCUGGGUGGCCAAGGAGGAUUUCGAAGAGCGCUUCAUAGGCAAGGAGGAUCUGCAGGCGGAAGACUUUGACUUCGUGGUGGUGGGCGCCGGCUCCGCGGGCUGCGCCUGCGCGGCCCGCCUGGCGAAGGCCAACUUCUCAGUGCUGCUGCUGGAAGCGGGCGGCGAGGCACAGCGUAGCUACCCGGUGCAAACUCCACGCAAGAUGUGGGGCCUUUGGCAGUCUGAGGUGGACUGGGGCUUCCGCUCAGAGCCCCAGGAGUCUCUGUUGCCCAAGGGCCGGAGGGUGGACAUGGAGCGGGGGAAGACGCUGGGAGGCUGCUCCGCCAUCAACUACAACAUGUGGGUCCGUGGUGCUCCGGAGGAUUUCGACCGCUGGGAGAAGGAGUGCGGCUGUGAGGGCUGGGGCUUUGCAGAUGUCCUUCCACACUUCAAGGCCAUCGAGCGGAUGGAGAGCAGUCAUGACAAGGCCUACGAAUCGAAGUAUCGCGGGGACCAGGGCCCGGUGUCUGUGGCCACCCUGCAUCCACCCAUGCCGGAGGUGGCCGACUUCCUAAGGGCCUGCGAGGAGACCGGGGACGCAGUGAAUGAGGACCACAACGCUUCGCGCCUUCCCGGCGCCUGCCCGGUGCAGUUCAACACCAACGGACCGGCCGGCGGACGAGAGGACUGCUUCAGCGCCUUCAUAGAGCCGCUGCUCAGGUGGUAUCCCAAGCUACGUGUCGCCAGUGAGACCUACUGCCGCAAGUUGCUCUUGGACUCUUCCCCGCAGGUGCGCGCCACAGGCGUGGAGCUGGAGCUGCGCGGAGGGGAGAUCAUCCAGGUGAAGUGCAGGCGAGAGGUCAUCCUAUGCGCUGGGGCGCUGAACACCCCACAGCUACUGAUGCUCAGCGGAGUGGGCCCUCCAGAGCACUUGAAGACUCACGGCAUCGGGUGUGUGGUGCCCUCGCCCCAGGUGGGCCAAAACCUGCAGGAUCAUCCCUUGUGUGCCGCCGUGCUGCUGGGCCAGAACAUGGCGCCGGAGAGUGCGAUGGUGCAGAACACUUCGGGCCUCAACGGCCAACUCUUCUGGCAGUCGGAGACUGACAAGCAACGAGAGCAAAAGCUGGGCCAUCCCUUGGGCGCUGACAUCCAGAUCAUUUUCCUGAACCGCCUGGAUUCCAGCUUGGCGGCCAAGGUGGUCCUGACUCUGGCCAACUCCCUCUUCGAGAAGUUCACUCCGGACUAUCGGUCCGACUUCAAGGUGACGACCUCGUUGCUCAAGGGCCUGGUGGAUCGAUUGUUGCCGUCGGAGGCGCUGAGGGAUUCCAUCAGGAACAGGCUGUUUAGCCUUACGAUGCUGAACAACCACUGCCAGAGCCGGGGCUCGCUGUGGCUGAAGAGCCGCGACCCCCACGAGCUGCCGGCGGUGGACCCCAGAUGGCUCUCGCACCCGGAGGACGUGGCGGCCUUCGUGGAGGCCUACCGAAGGAUGAGGAAGAUCAUGACGCAUCCGGCCAUGACGAAGCACUUCAGCCCCGAGGGCGUGAAGCCGCUCCCUGAGGGCGACGCCCCCUUCGAGGUGAUAGCCAGCUUUGUGCGGGAGAACUCUCAGACCACCUGGCACUACUCCUGCACUACUCGCAUGGGUCCGGUCGGGGACCCCGCGGCAGUGUGCGAUCCCAAGGCACGAGUACAAGGAGUUGCCAACCUGCGAGUCGCCGACGCUGGGCUCAUGCCCAUUGUGGUGAGCGGAAACACCAACGCCGCCUGCAUCAUGAUCGGCGACAAGGUGGGGCACAUGGUGGCGGAGGAGCACCGGGCUGCAGCGAGUGCCAGUGCAGGGGUGCGAUCCUCCCUUUGAGGCCCUGGAGAACAGCUUCCAACUCAUGAAACUAGAGUGUAUCUUCUUUUGCAGUUGAAACUUGGGCUGAAACCACUGGGCUCAACAUGGCUGCCAGAUUUGAUGAGAAAUCACGCGAGCGCGAACAGCGUGUCCAUUCAGCAUAGAGCUGACAACUAGAGAAAUGGGAGCGGUAUGAGUUUCUUGACAAGCCCAGCCGUUGCAGAUUGAUGACUGCUGGCCCAUUUCAACCUUUGAACUUCUGUGCUGGUCCCUUGACCAGCUUCGAAGCGGCCAGCGCUUGCCAACCAUUUGGCAUGGCUUAUCGCGUCGGUUCCAGAUGUUCCGUGUGAUGGCGGAAAAUCUGCCUGGCGCGAUCAGUUUGAGAAACCCCGGAGGCAACACCAGAGGAGUGGGAGGCGG